AUGGCGGACCGACAGGCAGUCCAACAGAACCUCAAUGGUCUGCUCUCGAAAUUGGAUGAUCCAGAUCCUGACAUGAGGUACAUGUCGCUGAACGAUCUUCUGGGGAUUCUCAAUAGCCCCACCUCUGCAUAUUUGGCGCACGAUCAGUUUUCCUCAUCACGGCUGGCGGACGGCUUGCUCAAUGCCUUGGAUGAUCAACACGGCGAUGUUCAAAAUCAAGCAUUGAAAUGUCUCGGUCCACUUGUGAAUCGACUGCCUUCCGAAAGCCUCACUACCAUCCUCGAAAAGCUCUCGAACCUGACAGCAUCCCAAACCAUCGAUACCUCAGUUCCUAACACCGCUCUACGCGUCAUUGUCACCGCCCUUCCCCGUCCUCAGUCUGGGCAACCACCUACUCCAGAUGUCUCCAUGGCUUACUCGUCUGUCUCCAAGAUUCUCAUCCCCCGCUUGACCGGUCCUACACCAUCUCAGUCUGGCAGAAGAGGCUCCGUCAUCAAGGGCAUGCUAGAGAAAGAUACUUCCAAGGGUUUUAGCAGCGAUGCGAUUGAUGUUCUGAUUCAGGUCGUCACCUGCUUCGGGCCACUCCUCAAAGAGGCCGAGUUAACGGCUCUCCAGAAAUCAGUGAUGUCGAUCAUCGACAACGACACAGCUGGUACCGUAGUUACGAAAAGAGCGCUGGCCGCUAUUUCCGCCUUGGUACCUCAUUUUUCAGAGGCUCAGUUCAGCUCGUUCGUCGACGAACUCGUCAAGAGGUUCAAUAAUCCACAAAUGAGCGUCGUGCACCGAAGGCACCUCAUUGCCACAGUCGGUAGCGUCGCAAGGAGCAGCCCGACCAAGUUCGGUCCCCAUCUUCCGACACUCGCUCCGUUUGUUUUUGCUACCGUUGAUACAUCUCACUUAUCCUCAACUGAUACCUCAAAAAUGCACUUCAGUCGAUUGAUGACCAUCGCCAGCACCAUAGCAUGCUCAGCCGCGCAUGCUACCCUUCAGCCAAGCAGUACGCUCGAGGGUAUUGAUUCGAUCACUGAGCUUGACGGGAAUGAUAUCCCCCAUGCUUUGGUGGAACGUAACCCGCAGGCCCGAUGCGGCCGUGGCUUCGGCAAAUGCUCCGAUGAUGGUUGCUGUUCGACUGCAGCCCACUGUCGCUCGCCUGAUUGCCAGAUCGAUUACGGCCAUUGCGAUGCUCAUAUGACGCCUGACGGACCCCCAACGUCCGGUAUCCCUCGACCCACAAUUGGCAAGGUUCCAUACGGUCCCAAAGCUGUCCGGUCAUGCGUUGGGGCAGGAAAUGUUGCCUUGACAUUCGACGAUGGCCCGAACAAGUACACAGAGGAUCUCCUCGAUUUGCUCGACAAGUACGAUGCAAAGGUGACUUUCUUCAUCACAGGCAACAAUAACGCCAAAGGACCCAUAGAUACGCCAGGCAUGCCCUGGGCCUCGAUGAUCGAACGCAUGUAUCAGAGUGGACACCAGAUCGCCAGUCAUACCUGGUCGCAUCAGGAUCUUAGCAAAAUCACACCAGAACAACGCCGAAUUCAGAUUCUGUGGAAUGAGGUCGCUCUCCGAAACAUUUUGGGCGGUUUUCCAACGUACAUGCGUCCUCCAUAUUCCAGUUGUACUGCGGAAUCCGGCUGUCUGAAAGACAUGGGUAAUCUAGGGUACCAUGUCAUCCUGUAUGACAUUGAUACCGAAGAUUAUAGCCAUGACAGCCCCAAUGCUAUCCAGGGUUCCAAGGACAUUUUCGACAAGAAUCUGGCCCGUGGAAAGGCAUCCGACAAGUCUUGGCUGGUUAUCGCUCACGAUGUGCACGAGCAGACUGUUUAUAACCUCACAGAGCAUAUGCUCAAGAAAGCCUCCAAAGACGGCUAUAGUAUGGUGACUGUCGGCGAGUGCCUGGGUGAUCCCGAGGAGAACUGGUAUCGUAUGGAUGAGAGCUCUGAGCUUACUAUCCUUCGGAAGGCCAAGCCCCUCGGUACUGCCAACCAUGCCGUUUCGCGCGACGGUCACUGCGGUGGGAAUGUUACCUGUCUGGGGUCGAAGUUCGGAUCGUGCUGUGGCAAGAAUAACUAUUGUGGGAAUACUCCCAAGCAUUGUGGGGCUGGCUGCCAGCUCAAUGCUGGUCAUUGUCAAAAAGCUAGACAUACAUCCUUUGUUCACAAACAUAGACCUGAAAAGCGUCCCGCAACAUCAGGGGCGAACACUUUGCUGCAACCUGGAUCGGAAGUUGCGGAUUUGUUAGGUUAUUCUUCCACUAAUGCUCCUGUUGUCCGGAUACUGGUUAGGACUGACAUGGUCCACUCGUUUAUGAAGAAUGCAGUUCGUAACUCAUCUCAUUUGACAUUAUCACUUCCCGUACCAUCGCGGUGA